AUCCUUUGUGGUGACUUCAAUGCCCAUCAACCCUGGUGGAAUUCAGAAGUUCAACAGCAAAUCAGAGGUGACUCUCUAGUGGACUGGUUUAUAGCUAACAGGUGUGAUCUGGUCAACUACCCUGAUACUCCUACCUACAACUACAGACAAGGAAAUGGGACUUCAAUAUUGGACUUAACACUAGGCACUCCUGAUAUCUUUGACAGGCUAGUUGACUGGGCUGUGGAUCAGGAUGCACAUACUGGAAGUGACCAUGAGGUGGUAAGAUUCUCCCUAGUAUUGGAUGCUAACUACUUAGUUCCAAGUCCUAUGAGCAACAAAUUCAACUGAAAGGCAGCAGAUUGGAAAUCUUUUCACAAGACACUGCAGGAAUUAAUGGCUAAGUCUUCCCCUACAUUUACUCUCCUGCUUUAUAAUGGUACAGCUGAAUUCUUAGACCAGGCUGCAUGUAUUCUCACAGACUCAAUUCACCAGUCUCUCUCUCUACAUAUUCCUCUUAGCAAACCUUGCUCUAGAUCAAAGAGGUGGUGGACUGAGGAACUUGCAAGUAUGAGGACUGAGAUGGCCAAAUGCUGCAGAAUAUGGAAACACUGCAGACUUGAGACUGACUACACUGACUACAAAAGAUCUAGGAAUGGGUACUUUAGGAAAAUCAGAGCCAGCAAAUCUAACAGCUGGAAGGGUUUCCUCAACUCUGCUAGGGGUCAAGAUAUCUUUACUGCAGUUAAGUAUACUAGACCAACUAAGUCCCUCAAAAGUGCUCCCUUAUCUUUUGACCUACAGUGUACUACUGACUUUGAUAGUAAGUGCAUGAUGUUCAGAGAAGCCAUGUUCCCUAAUCCACCUGCAAGCAAAACAACUUUCAACCCUGAGGAUAGAGAAAUAGAUAAGUGCUUUCCCUGGUAUGAUAUUACUGACAAGGAGGUGAAAGAUGCAAUCUUCAAAUCUGCACCUCAUAAAGCUCCAGGACCUGAUGGUAUUAACUUUCUUUGUCUGAGGCAAGUGUAUCAUGCAAUUCCUAUCCCUCUUGUUAAGUUAUUUCAAACUGUACUGAAGACAGGGUAUCAUCCCCAAUGCUGGAGAGAGGCAACUGGAGCUAUAAUCAGAAAACCUAACAAAGCAGACUACACUACCCCCAAAGCUUAUAGACCUGUCUCUCUGCUAAACUGCUUAGGAAAGAUUUAAGAAAAGAUAAUGGCCAACAGACUAGCUUACAUUGCAGAAACUAAAGGCCUUCUUCACUCAGAGCAAAUGGGAGGAAGGAAAGGAAGAAGUACAGUGGAUGCAGUGAUGGCAUUAACACAUGAUAUUCAGCAGGCUAAGUUGAAUGGUAAAGUCCUUUCUGCCCUCUUUGUUGAUGUUAAAGGUACAUUUGACCAUGUUAGUAAAACACAACUACUCUUGGUGCUACAGUCUUUAGGAUUUCCUCCACCAGUUCUUACUUAGACAGAUAGCUUCCUCUCCAACAGGAAACUGGGGUUAGCUUUUGAUAGACAAAGACAACCUCUCCUGCCAGUCAACACAGGCAUUCCUCAAGGGUCUCCCAUUUCACCCAUCCUCUUCCUAUUCUACUUAACAAACCUGUUCAAGGACUUGGAACCAGGAGUUUUGACUCCACAGCUAAGAUCCCCCUCCUUUAUUGAUGAUAUUGCUUUCAUAGUCACAGGCCCCUCUGAGCAGGCUAACUCCAAGGCAUUGGAGGUAGUAGCCAGAAGGGCCUGGAGUUGGGCAGCUGACAAUGUAAUAGUAUUUGAUGAUCCCAAGACAGAACUCAUGCACUUUUACAAUAAAACAAGAGACUUUACUACCAACUCCCCUGUCACUCUUCCUCAUGGCACUGUUGUCUUCCCUUCUCAGCAUCUUAGAUGUGUAGGAGUUUGGCUUGACAGGAAGCUUUUGUUUAACUACCAUGUGAAACAGAAGACAGCUGCAGCAACUAGGGCACUUAACAUGAUUUCUAGAUUAUCCAACUCAGAAUGGGGCCUUUCAGCACCAGCAAUGAGGCAACUAUACUAUACCUGCAUUACUCCAAUAGCUGACUAUGGAGCAGAGGUCUUGUGGAAAGGUCAAAUUGGUCUUGCUAACAAGUUACAGAAGUUGCAGGCAGAGGCAAACAGAAGAAUCUUGGGGGCUUUCAGAACUUCACCAACUGCUGCAAUGGAGAUUGAAGCAGCGACCCUUCCCAUUCCAUUGAGACUUGACAGACAG